AUAAAGAUAACUCUUAUCAUCUACUUUUUAAUUUUGUGUUCCUUAAUCAGAUAAUUUCAAUUUAUAUUAAACAAAAUGUUCUAUGAUGUCAUUGGUUGAGCUAUUGCAUCUGAUUGGCUUAUCUUGUAGAUACUUUAAACAGAUUGAUCAGUUUUAAAAUGAAAGACCGGCAUCGGUUUAACCUACAAAAAGUUAUUUGUUGUAUAAAAUUAAACAGUACCAGGUAUAAAUUCGAAUUGUAGGAAAAAUGACUGAGACACAACAGAAAACAAAAUGUAUUACAUUAAAAGGGUCUGCAGAAUUGGUGAAACAAUAUUUACUUUAUGGAAUCAACAGUAUACUUUAUCAGAGAGGAAUUUAUCCUCCUGAAACAUUUGAACCAGCGGAACAGUUCGGUUUAUUCUUUUUAAUGUCAACGGAUGAGAAAAUCAAGUCAUUCUUAGACACUGUAUUAGGUCAGAUUCAAGAAUGGCUUGUUCAGCGAAAAGUUCAGAAAAUAACUUUGGUUAUAACAAAUGUUAAUACAAAGGAAGUUUUAGAGAAAUGGGAUUUUAGAGUUGACUAUGAAGGCCAUACGCCAAAAAGUAUAAACGAUAAUAACAUGGUAGAAUUGCCUGAAGUUGGUACAAAGGAUGUGAAAACUAUCCAAAAAGAAAUUCGAGAAGUUAUACGUCAAAUUACAGGUACUGUAAGUUUUCUACCUUUAUUGGACUGUUUAUGUUCCUUUGAUAUACUAACUUAUACUGUCCAAGAUUGUAACAUUCCAAAAGAAUGGGAUGAGACUCAACCAGUAUUUAUAGCAAACAGUCAGGAAGUACAACUCAGGUCAUUUUCAACAUCUAUCCAUAAGAUGGACACGAUUGUCAGUUAUAAAAAUGUUUGAAUAAUUAUGAUAACGAAUAAUUUAUAAAUGUACAUAUAUCUUUUGAAGAAUUAUACCUUAAACAAUUAUCUUUUUAAUAAAAAGUACUACCAAUUUUUAAAAAUCUUAAUAAAUAUUUUAAUAAUGA